AUGCCACUAGUAGGACUCACUGGCCCUAUAUGCAGUGGUAAGGAUACAUUGGUAGAGUUUUUGGUUGAAGAACUUGAUUUUAAACUUAUCGAGCGAGUAUACAAGGCGGACGAAGCAAGCGACCAUGUUUACCAAGUCGACGAUGAAAUAUUAGUAGGAGCCAACGCGUUAAUCGAUUAUGUUACUCAGCGUUGGCGUAGCAGAUUAGUCAUGAAUGGGAUUCCCUCUACUCAGUUUCUUAAUGGGAUUAUAAAACGACCCUUUUUCCUUCUUGUCUAUGUUGAUGCUCCAGUUCUUACUCGCUUUCGCCGUUACAGAAGUUACCCUCAUAAAAAAAAUACUACUCUCGAGCAAUUUUGUGCCAUUCAAGAUGAAGCAGCCUUCAAAAGCGAUAAUAGCGUAAAUCGUCAUCGAUCUUUGGCUCAGGUUCACAUCAAUAACGAUGCCUUUGAAAAACCCGUUCUGCGGGAUAAACUAAGAAGCGCAGAUAUGAUGAACAAUGAUAGAUUCCGUCCAUCUUGGGAUAGCUACUUUAUGCAAAUGGCUAGUUUAGCUGCAAUGAGAAGUAACUGCAUGAAACGGCGUGUAGGUUGUGUCCUUGUUCGUGACAAUCGCAUUAUUGCUACCGGGUAUAAUGGAACACCUAGAGGGAUAAAAAAUUGUAAUGAAGGCGGAUGCCCUAGGUGUAACUCUGCUCUGUCUUGUGGCACUGACUUGCACACGUGCCUGUGUCUUCAUGCAGAGGAAAAUGCCCUAUUGGAAGCUGGACGUGAACGCGUCGGAUCCAAUGGUAUUCUAUAUUGCGACACGUGUCCCUGUCUAACUUGCUCGGUGAAAAUUGCUCAAGUCGGUAUCAGCGAAGUUGUUUACAGCACGUCUUACAGUAUGGAUAACCAUACUGCAUCAAUACUUAAAGAAGGAGGUGUCCGUCUACGACAGUUUGUACCACCUGAAAACAACGUCUUUUGA